UUACUGAACGACCGUGUCAAGAUGUCGGCCCCUUUCGGCUAGAGCAUGCCGUGUUAGGGAAUCUGAAAUGGACCCAAGCUGUUCUGAUUUGGAAUUCUUUGAUUUCAAAAAUGCAACUGAGGAGGAAAUCAAAGAAAUUCAAGCUAUUCUUAAAGGUCCUGGAAGUAAUGGCUGCGUAGAGCUGCCAUGGGAAAUUCCUAUAAAAGAAAACUAUAUUGAAGGUCUUCCUGAAGAUGAAGGUGCUCUGGAAAAAGUCGAUCAGUUAGGAUCCGUAAAAGAUAAUAAAGAAAUAGGAUCUGUGGUUGGUCAAGCCUUACAAUUUGUUGGACCACAAGCUCCCUUGUCUCCUCCUGAAGCACAAUUACCGCCGCCACCUCCAGCAGUAGAAGCAUAUGUUACUCUACCAACAACUGCUGGUCCAUAUCCAAAUGCACCAUACUUUGUGUCGAGGACUUUACCUUACCUGCGUGCCUAUCCUCACAUGGGUGUUCCAUUUUUUGCUUGCCCAAUUCCAGGUGCAGGUGAACCUGGUCCAUAUGGGCAAUUUGUACCAGUGGUUCCUGCUACAGUAGGACAAGAAAAAUUUGUUGGACCGAUUGAAAAUGAAACUAAUCAGAAAAACAGAGGGCCUGUUGAAAGGCAGUUUAACAGACGCAAUAAAAAGAAACUGUCUAGCACAGACUACUGUGGUUCAGUAGAACCAGAAGGCAUGGAUGCUUACAGGGAGCCAGAUCUUGGUGAAGUGCCAACUCCGACCUCUCCUGUCAGCGGUGAACGUCCAACGUCAGUGCCUCUUGUGCCUUUACCUGUGCCACCUUCGACUUUUGCUGUUGCAGGUGGUACACUUCCCAUGCAUGGCUACCCACCUGGCCUUCACACUCUUCCUUACACACAAAUGUCAGGACCUCAAGCUCCCUCGCCUGCAAUGUAUUAUGUUCCCGUAUUCAAUCACCCUUACAGCAGCUAUAUCCCCUCACCACCUUCAGCUCCUAUGGUACUUCCUGUUAAUCUCCGCCCUGAGACAGAAAUUAAUGAACUUCCCAUAGAAAAGUGCUCCAAGGUUGGUGACACCAACGCUGAAGAAGUGCUUGAAAAUCCUGCAAGUUCUCUAAUUGUAUCCUCUCAAGAGGAUGCUUUAAACGUCCAGUCGAACUGUACGACAGCAUCAACAGUGGAACAGUAUGGUGAAAAAAAUGAGGUGCAACCAUCGUCUAUUGAUGCUGCUGCCAAAAAUGCGGUGACAGAGAAGGAAGAAGCGACAGACUGCAAUUCUUCUUCCGAUCCUCUGAGCUCUUCUCCAGACUGUGCCCAAGAAACAGACGACCCAUGCCAAACGGCUAAUGAGGAAGUCAGGGAUCGUUCUCGAUGCUGGGCAGAUCUGUUUAAGAAACCUGCUCCAGAAGUAAAUGGCAUAGACCGUCGACAUGACUGUACUAGUACUUUAAAGAAGGAUAUAACAAAUGGUAAAACGUACUCUGUGCCUGUUAGCGAUAGCAUCCAUUAAGUGUUUAAAAAAUACCUAGCAAUUAAUUAUGGCUGCAGAAUAUAUUUUGCAUGAAUUUUUUAAUGAGACUGUUUUUUGAGGAGGCUGCCUCAUGUUUUCAGAGUGAUAUUCUUGUUGUGAUCAUGAUCGAUGGUUGAGCUUUGUGCAUAAAUAUAUUUAAAUUAUUAGGUAGGGUGUUGAAUUUUUUUGUGCUAUCUUUCACUCAUAUCUACCACAUUUCACUCCACUUCCUUUUGGAAAUGAAGUCUGGCUUUGUGGUUGUAUAAAAAAAAAAGUAUAAACAGGACUGUGCAUUACUAACUUUACAAUUGUAAGGAUUUGCUGUGUUUUAAUUUUUAUCUUGUUCUUUACAAAUGAAUUGUAUAUACACUUUUCUAAAUAGUCAUUUGAAUGAAAGACUCUAGAUGAUGUGUUGUUUGAAAUGUAGAUAUAUGAAUUUUU